AUGGCUUCGUCAAGUAGAGGUGCAGAGGAGUUGGAGGUUCGUUGGGAUGAUUUGCAGAUCGAUGAGGAAGAAGGAGGAGUCCUAUUUGAUAAUCCUUCUGAAUUGGAGGAUGAGGUCGAUGCAAGAUGGUGUCUGGUGGGGAGAUUGCUCACGGAUCGUGUAUCCGAUUUUGAUACAGUCCGAAAUGUUAUGGCUUCGCUCUGGCGUCCAGUAAAAGGCAUGUUUGUUAAAGAAUUAGAGUUUAAUCGUUUUCUUUUUCAAUUCUUUCAUGAACUGGAUAUUAAUAGAGUGUUAGAAGGUACACCAUGGACGUUUAACAAAAUACCUUUGAUUAUUCAAAGACUGAAAUUAGGAGAAAAUCCUAGGUUGGUACCCCUAAACACUAUGGAGAUUUGGGUACAAGUUUAUGAUCUUAGAGUGGGUUUCCAGUCAGACCGAGUGUUGAGGGCAUGUGGCGAUUACAUUGGACAAUUUGUUUCAUCUUGUCCUAAGAAUUAUUCUGGCAUUUGGAGGGAAUAUUUGAGAGUCCGGGUAUUGCUCAACAUUGACAAACCACUAAAGAGAAGAAUGAAAAUUUACUACACCAAGGAAGACUAUUUCUGGGCAAAUUUCAAAUAUGAGAGGGUGCCCACCUUUUGCUUCAUCUGUGGUAUACUCGGGCAUGGUGAAAGAUUUUGCCCCCGUGUUUUUGACGGACCAUUAGAGAAGGUUGUUAAGCCAUAUGGCUUAUUCAUGAAAGCCCCAGAUCGACGCUCUCAAAAACAGAUUGGUGCACGGUGGCUUCGUGACAACAUGGCCAGACCAUUACAACCUGAGGCCGGCGUUCCUAGGAGCAGUGGUACUCCGGCGUCUGCUAACAGCUCCAGGAGAGAGGCAGAUCCGAGAAAUCGGGGUGACAGACAGGACAUGGAGAUUAACGAGGAUGUUGAGGGAGUGAUCGUCGGAGAGGAUCAUGGGAUUGUGGGCGGGAUUCAAGGGAGAAGAUCUGGUGCCGUGAAUGGAGGGAUACCAAUCAGUGGGGAAGCGGGAAAGGAAAGUCUUUGUGCAAAUGGUGGUUUUGUGUUCACGGACCCAAAAAGACGAAGGGUUGAAGAUGUAGGUGAGUUGGGCCAGGUUACUAUUCAAGAAUUAGGGCCGGCCCAGCAAUUGGUGGAUAAUGAGAGUGGUGAAAAGGGUUUGACAAAGGCCCAUGUGGCUGAAAGUGAAAUGGGCUUUAUUGAAAAAAUAAAUGAGGGGGGAAUGGAUAAUUAUUUCGGCCCAGGGGAAGAUAGUGUGGAAGUUGGUAUUUUUCAAAAAAACGAGCUAAAGGCGGGUACCAAAAUUUGGGCCCGCCAAGGAUUAUGA